CUUUGUGCGCUGUCGUUUAGGCGUGGGCAACAUGAACGCUGCGCUCGCAAGCACGUUCAUCGUCUUAUGUGUCAGCGCCGUGAACGCACAAGUGUGCGCGCCUCGAGAUAGAAUAGCGAAAGCACUGCAAGACGGGCCUGACGCGGGAAAGCUUAUUCAAGAUACAACAAAGGCGACCUUCUUUCUCCUUUACCAUUCAGAAGACGACAAAUUUCAUUCGAAGUAUCCUUGCCUACGUGUUGCAAGAGCUCCAUUUACAACUAUCAACGGCGCGUCUAUGUACGUCUAUGGCUACAUGUAUAAAAACAAGCUAUGGUGGAAUUACACGUCACCAGAACUGCACAAAACAGACGGAGCUUAUCAGCACGAUAACGGAUUCAGCGUCGAUAUUGUCGAUAGGGGGAAGACACUUCGUCAAGUCUUUCAGGUGAUAUACACCGACUACAAGCACUGCAUUCUCUUUUGGACUUCGUCUUUGGGUUAUCAAGUCUGGGUGGAAUCGGUUCAUCUGAAGACCAGGAGAAAAGCGCCUUCGACGUGCUCCUUCUUGUACGACUUACUAGCGCCGAGUAAAAGACACGUAGUUUACAUGUGGAAAAAAUGCGAUUUGUAAACAUCGAACAUAUGGCUCCAUAUUGCGUUUGUGUGACU